AUGGGAUUUCUGGAAAGAAGACAAUCUAAAAGAAAUAAGACUCCAGACUUGUCAAGGUAUUCACAAUAUCAAUCGCCUUCAUCAAGAAAUGGUUCAUUAUCUACAAAUGCAGCAAGUAGUGCUCUCAGAACUUAUUCUUUAACAAAUAAUCCAACUUCAAACCAUGGUGGAUUCGGUGGUUAUGAAAGAAGUAAUUCAUUAAGUGGAUAUGAUCGAUCAAAUUCAUUUUCAAGUUUUAAUUCAUUUUCUCAAGGUCGUUCAAAUUCAAUAAAUUCAAGAUCAAAUUCUUUAAUGUCGAAUAAUCCUAGAAUGAACUCGAUGGGAUCAAAUUCAUUAAGAUCAAAUCAAGGAACAAGAACAGGUGAACCUCAAAUCAUAAUUCAUACAACAAGGACAAUGGAUGAACAUGGUCGUUUGAAAUCAAUAACUACGGAGACUAUAAGGAAGUAUGGAAGUUUUGAACUGGUCAAGACUGAAACAAAACCAAUGAAUAAUAAUCAACCUUCUCCAAGAAGAUCACUAGGAUUAUCACCACCUCCUAUGAUUAAAUAUGCAAAUAGUUUGACUAGUCAAGAGUUGGAGAGUAUAGCUGAAGAGGAGGAGAUUCAUCCAUACAAGAGAUUGAUUAUUAGUGAUAAGGCUAAAGAAGAGGUAGUUGAUGAGAACGAUGAUGAUGAUGAAAGUGGUGAUAGUAUUUAUAGUGAUGCUCUGGAAGCUUUACCUAAAUCAGAAUCUCCCAAAAAGUUGAAACCUGCUUUGAAAAUCAAUAAAGCUGGUAAUAAUUAUAGUGAUGGUGAGAAAAUCACAGAGAAUAUUGGAUCAGGUGCUAGUAGUGUUAGGAAAAGGGUUAGUAUUGAAGAUAUAAAGAGUCAUGAUAAUCAUAGUAUCAAUACCAAUAAUGGUGGAUAUAACGAUUGGUUUAGAAAAGAUGGGUACCAGUUUGGAGCUGAGCAUCAUAAUAAGAAGAGUGUUAGUGCUGAUGAGAUGUAUGAAAGGGCAUAUGAAGUUGCGAUGAAGAAAGUUUAUGGAGAUAAUAAUAAUAGAACAACUACCACACCUGUUUUCAAAAGCCAUAGUCUAAGAACAUCCUCAUUACCAACAACAAUACCCACCACUCAUACUAAUGAGCCACCAUCCAAACCCAAAACAGGUUUAUUCAAGAAGCUCAGCAAAGUGUUUAGGAAAAAACAAUAG